AUGCCGUCCUCUCGGCAGCUUUCUUCAUCCGUGCCCGUUACGCCUGGCGACCUGGGACUGGAAGGAACAUUUCUCAAUGAAGUGCUCUACAAAAACGCGACUUUCCUCAACUUGGUGGAUCCCAUCUCCCAUGACUUGCUGAUGAGCCUCGCUAGAGACCUGCAGUGUCCCAAAAAGGAAUACGACCCCUGGAAAUCCUCGGACAGGAUCUGCAGGCAGCUGAUUUACCACCUAACUCCCCACUCGAAAUGGCACCGGCACGGCAUGCCCCGGAGGAAGUCCCAAAUGUGCCUGAAGACCAGCCUGCAGAAGAAGGUGAGCCAGGACUCCAUGGAUUUGUCAGGGAUCCCCCUGACCAUGCGGGACGUCCACCGCAUGGCCUACUACCUGCAGAAUAACGGGGACCACCUCACUUCUGUGGACCUGAGCUUCACCGAGCUGAACGAUGACAUGGUGCGCCUGCUGCUGCCCUUCCUGUGGGCGCUACCCAAGCUCACGCACCUUUCCCUCAAUGGCAACCGGCUGACGCGGGCGACCAUGAGGGAGCUGACUGACACCAUGAAGGACAUGAACAAGUUCCCUUGCCUGGCCUGGGUUGAUCUCGGCAACAACGUGGACGUCUCCUCCAUGCCGCAGCCGUUGCUCGUGGGGCUGCGCAAGCGCCUCAGCCAGCAGACCACGCUGCCUACCAUCUACGAGGCGCUCGACUGCGACUCAGAGAUGGCCAGCGGGCACGAGGGCAGCCAGCCAGAGGACGAAGCAGCAGGAAGCACCCCGCCACGUGCUCGCUCUCAGCAGGGCUGCGAGAGGUGACUGGACAACAGGCUGGCACUGGCACACUGGAGCCGCCCCAAGGAGAAGUCUUGAGUACAAACAUCAAGCAGAGGGCCAGCUUUACCGGCUUCCUUUGGCUCCUUUCUCUCGCCUUCCCUGACAUCUCCCCC